UUCUCUUCAUUCAACGACCCUUCAAAAAUAUCUGGCUCACAUUACCCCAAGAUAUUAUCUCCCCGAUGACGUGGCACCCCAUCGACGGCACUGACACGUGUAAAAGCGAAGCCAUGUGGAGCCUUUUUCUUCCCCUUUCUCAGAGGGUUUCUUCUUCCCUGCCAAAAAAUUCCGAUCACGCGCCAUGGAACAACACGAUCUCCGCCGCCGCCGCCGCUCUCCGCCGUUAACCUUUGAUCCCAAACCAUUGCCGGAGCUCGCUCGCUCCGCCUCCGCCUCCGCCUCCUCCGCCGUCACCGUCGACAACGCCUCCAAAGGCUUCUCGCAUCCGCCUCUGUCGACGAGAUGGACGGAUCAGCAGCACAGUCUAUAUAUUCGUUCUUUAGAGGCCUCAUUUGUGAAUGAAUUGCAUCGAUCUAUGCGUUUACAUCAUUUGAGCUUAAAAAAUAGCACAGAUGAAGCAUAUAAAUGUAGAUUUUUGCAAAAUUCACAUAAUAUGCCUAAGCAGUCUCUGGCUCUACAAGAUGGCUGCCAGAAGAAGAUCAACCUUGAAAGAGUUGCACCUAUGUUAGAGAGCACAGCUGAUUCUCAUGUUCUUGCAGGAAGUCAAUUCAAACUUACAUCUGUGGAUGGAGGCUGUAGUUUGAGAGAGCAUGGCUUGCUUUGUGAUGAGGAGAUUCAUGCAAGAGGAAGUUCAAUAUUUACUCUAGAAAUGGCUUGCAGUUCUACAGAGGUCACCGAUCAAAACUUCAAGGAUGAGGAUGCCAGGUCAAGCUGCAUGCCCUUGGUGAAAAGGUUGAAGACAGCUACAGCUGAUAGUUCAAGCACUGAUCAAGUUGUGCCAUUUGGAAAAGUUCACACACCAGAUGUUUCAACUAGUAGUAAUGCAAGCUCAGAAAAUAAAGGACAUGAAUUGCUAUCAGAACCCCCAGUGAGCUACCAUUUCCCAACAUCUGAUCUGCCAUACUUUUUAAGGGGAAGGUAAGUAUAUGCAACACAGAAUUGAAGUCUCAGAUUUUACAGUGGAUGCUGCUGAUACAAAUUGAGAGAAUAGACAAUUUGCUUGGUGCUCUUUCAAGAAUUUCUUGAGAGACUUGUGUAAAGGAAAAUUGAACGUGACAACAACUCUAUUCUUGUGAAAUUUAGUGCUGGUUAGGUUUAUCCAAAGGUGUUUGAUGUAACAUAAUGGAGAAACUUUCGACAGCAAUUUGCAUAGACAUAGUAAAAAUUAUGACUAUAUAUGAUUUUUUUUGUUAGAUGAAUUUUUGGAUGGUUAACAAACUGUUUAGGUAUCCUAGAUUAGUAUGGUAUUUCUUUAGUUAGCUUCGUUAAGUUUUCUUACAAUAGUUGUACUUCAAAUAGUUGAAAAGAUAAAGAUAUCCAAUAUGCAUUUUUCUUAGCAA